AUGGGGUCGGGGAAUUCCAAACCGACAGGGGACAUCACUGAGCAUGUCUUCUCUGCUGAUGCACCUGUCCGCCUCUCCGGUACACUAGUAGACUCAUUGCAAAAGAACACACAUACCGACUCUGUGAGAGCGAAACAGCAUGAGUUGCAAUACCAACUCCGCCUCACCUCCGAGCUCGAGAAACUGCGUAACCAAGAGGCCGAGAAACUCGCGAAGCUGUACGAUACCGUGUCAAGCGAACCAGAAGAGCCGCCCGAGCCGUCGUUGGCUGAGAAGUUGAGCGAUGCGACCUCUAGCUCAGCGACACUUUCCGAAAAGCAAAGACAGAAGGACAUGAGCCGCGAUGUUGUGACAAAGGAGAUUGAGGCGCUGAAGAAGAAAUUGGAAGCGAGGAAGAAGCUGGAACAGGUGGAUCCGGCGCUGAAUAAGGCGAAAGAAGACGUCAUUACUUGCCUGAGGCUGAAUGACAGGCGGCCGCUUGACUGCUGGCAAGAGGUAGAGACUUUCAAGAGGGAAGUCGGACGGCUAGAGAAGGAGUUUGUAGAGAGGACCAUACGGUGA